CCGCUCUCGUCUCCAUUAUCCUCUCUCUCUCUAUAAACUCUUUCUCAGACAUCACACAGUCCCUUCCCCUCUCUCUCUCUCUAAAGUACCUAACAACUCUCUCUCUCUAACGUCCGUAACCGCCAAAUGUCACCACCAACGUCGGCAACCGCCGACCGCCAAAUCGACCCUAAGAUCUGGCGCGCGUGCGCGGGAGCCUCCGUCCAGAUCCCCACUCUCUUCUCCAGAGUCUAUUACUUCCCUCAAGGACACGUGGAGCACUGUUCACCUUCCUCAACAAUCUCCUCAUCCGUCGUAACUUCCCCGAUCCCUUGCGUCGUCUCAUCAAUCAACCUCCUCGCGGAUCCGAUCACCGACGAGGUCUUCGCUCACCUCACUCUCCACCCCGUCUCUCCCGACCAGUUCAACUUCCCUCCCUCCCGCUUCCCCCACCACGAGGGGGACGACGACGAGAGGGAAGAGGUUGUUACGUUCGCGAAGGUCUUAACGGCGUCUGACGCUAACAACGGAGGAGGAUUCUCGGUGCCGCGCUACUGCGCGGACUCGGUUUUCCCUCCUCUCGAUUUCCAAGCCGAUCCUCCCGUUCAGAAGCUGUUUAUUGUCGACGUGCACGGCGUCGUUUGGGACUUUCGUCAUAUCUACAGAGGGACCCCGAGGAGGCACUUGUUGACGACGGGGUGGAGCAAGUUCGUGAAUAGUAAGAAGCUGAUCGCUGGAGAUUCGGUUGUUUUCAUGAGGAAGUCUGUUCAUGAGAUGUUUAUUGGUGUGAGGAGAGCUCCGAUCUCUAAUAACAAAGGCCCCGGCGUAGGAGGAGGGAGUUACUUUGGAGAUGAGUAUAUCGCUGGUGGCUAUUACGGAGGGGGGAAGGUGGAAGAAGAUGGUGGAAACGCGAAGAAGGGGUUUAGGAGAGUUGGGAAGGGGAAGAUGACGGUUGAAGCGGUUACGGAGGCGAUUGGGAAAGCGUCUCGGGGAUUACCGUUUGAGGUUGUGUAUUAUCCCACGGCGGGGUGGUCUGAUUUCGUUGUGAGAGCUGAAGACGUUGAGGCUUCGUUGAAUGUUUACUGGACUCCUGGAAUGAGAGUUAAGAUGGCUAUGGAGACGGAUGAUUCCUCGAGGAUCACUUGGUUUCAAGGUAUCGUCUCCGCUACGUUUCAGGAGACGUGGAAACAGCUUCAGAUUACAUGGGACGAGCCUGAGAUUCUGAAGAAUUUGAAGAGGGUGAAUCCUUGGCAAGUGGAGGUUGUUGGGAGUUCAACUCAGUUUCAUGCUGCUACUUACGCUCCUCCUCCUCCUCCAACGAAGAGGUCGAAGUAUCCACAGGGAGGGAAUGGGUUCUUGAGUGGGGAAGAAGGAGAGAUGAUCUAUUCAGGAAGAGGAGGACAAGCUGUUGAUCCGAAUCCUUAUGUGUACACUUAUACUACAGUUCCUGCUGGCAUGCAGGGAGCCAGGCAUUAUGAAUUUGGGUCUUACAACAACUCAACCGGAUUCAUUGGAGAUAACACUCAUCCUGAGUUUAACUUCUUUACUCCUCUUCCCGGGUUGGGAAGAGUCGAGACUCAGAUGGUGAACUUUGGCAGUGAGAAAUCAGAUGACUUGUCGCCUAAUAGCAAUACCACUAAUAAUUCUUCUGGGAAUCGAGGCAUUAGUUUUCAGCUGUUUGGGAAGGUAAUAACUGUGCAGGAGCCUGCUGAGAGCGGUGUUGCUGAGUCUAGCUUGUGUGAAGAGGAUGGAAGCAAAGAGUCUAGUGACAAUGAAGUUCCGAAUGAGACCCAGUUGUUCUUGACUCAGGGUCGUCAAGGCGUGUGAGGAGUCUACGGUGUCUAUAAGAUUCCAACAGACAGACAAGGUAAUAGCUGCAAAGGUGAAGGGAAUGUUGGAAUCUGUACGUCCCAAAGUAGGCGGUUGGUAAUAUAAAAGUGUAUCUCUCCGGUUUUUUCUUUCUUGCAUUUUGACUUUCCCUGAGUGUUUGCCACGUGGCAAUCUGUUUAUUUUAACUGAUGUUUCUGAGACAUUUUGGAGGAACAUCUCGUUCUCUCCUAAUCGUUUACAUUAUUUUAUUGGGGGGUUAAAUGUCUAUGGUUGAUUCUUUUUAACCAUUUUAUAUAGUGGUAAUUAAGACUCUUAUGGAGUAAGAAACAGAUCGAUUUAUUAACAUACCUAUGCUCUGAGCAUAAUGAAU